GAACAUUCUAUUGUUAUGGCUGCAUCACAAACGAAUCCGGAAAAGAAUUCCGAGCUUAAGCCACCGCCUGGCCUAAAAUCGUUAAUUGAUCAUUUGAUAACUGUGUAUCCGGAUCAGCCCAAUCCACUGCAGGUGACGACACUGCUUAAGUACUGGCUGGGUGGCUCCGAUCCCCUGGACUACAUCAGCAUGUACAGCAACAAUGGUCAAGGAGCGGGGGACGAGGAGAGGAUACUUCCACACUGGCAUUAUGUUAGUUUUGGACUGAGCGACUUGCAUGGCGAUCAGCGGGUGCAUCUGAAGGAGGAGCAUACCACCCGCUCUGGCAUGGGAUUCGAGUUAACUUUUCGAUUGGCCAAAACGGAGGCAGAACUUCGCCAGCAACGCGAAUGCCCAGAUAAAUCCAUUAGGCCACCGACCUGGCCAGCAAAUCUAUUACAAUCCAUUGCUCGCUAUUGUUUCCAAACUGGGAAUGGUUUGUGCUUUGGCGAUAAUAUUCCGUGGCGCAAGUGUUUGGAUGGUGGGACAAAUUCACGGAUGCAAAGUCUGCUAGUGGCACAGGAUCCUCAGCUGGCCAGCAUUGACACACCCUUUGGCACUGUGGACUUUUGCCAGAUAGUCGGCGUCACCGAGGAGGAACUGGAGCAGGCCUCACGCUGGAAUGGUCGUGGUGUCCUCAACUUCCUCGCCAAAGAUGUGCAGACUGGUGGGGAUUGGCUGGUGACGAAUCUGCAGCGCACAAUGAGCGUAUUUGAAUUGUUUCCCGAGACGCUGCUCAAUCUGCAAGACGAUCUGGAGAAGCAGGGCUCCGAUUUGGCCGGAGUGAAUGCGGAAUUCACGUUCAGGGAGCAAAAGCCAACCCAGAUGAUUAAGCAAGAGAUUGACUUCCAGAGCCUGAACGAACGCUGCGCCAGCGAUGAGAACAAUCGACCACUGACAGACUCCCAGGUGAAACGCGAGGAACCAAGUUUUCCACAAUCCAUGUCGAUGAGCAGCAGUUCCCUGCACAAAUCCUGUCCACUGGACUAUCAGCCUCAGGCGCCCGAUUGCAUAUCGCUCGAUGGCAUUGAGAUCACACUGGCGCCCUAUGCUGCGAAGUAUCUGCUACUGGCCAUAAAAGACCGCAUACGUCAUGGUCGUCAUUUCACAUUUAAGGCCCAGCACUUGGCCUUAACCCUCGUCGCUGAGACGGUUACAGGAGCCGCGGUUAGCGUUAGUGAACCGUUUGGGGUACUUGGCUAUUGGAUUCAGGUGUUGAUACCCAAUGAUCUGGUGCCGCGCAUGAUGGAAGCAUUUUGCAACGCACAACUGAAUGGGAAGACGGAGCCGACAAAGCGUCUCGAAUUCGAUUGGCCCGAUAAGAAUUUUAAGCUAAUUGUGGAUCAACCGAUUUGUGCGGCGCCGCUGCCCGCAGCAAUGUCCAUUGAGGCGCCCAUCAACUGAACAGCUUAUUUAAUACUAGUAUUAUAAAUUAACUGAAAAAUGAAUCUUCCACUAACAC